AUGUGAUUAGGUGAUAAGAGUGAUAUUUCUUUUCUCUUGUUUUAUUUGUUGUAACGGCUCGUGCGUUUGGGGCGAAAUCUAGAUGAAACUGAAUUUUAAGUGACUUGUGAUAAAAAAAAAUGGGGAAAGCUUCAAAUGGCACGAGAGAAUGUUGUACGGCAAGAGAUGUUUUGUGGUAUUUGACUUUUUUUGGUUUUGCUGUUAAUUAUAUGUUAAGGACUAACUUAAACAUAGCCAUUGUAUCAAUGGUCAAAACUAGAACCACCACUAAUCACACUUUAACAAGUGAAUGCUUGGUGGAGAAUGUAACUGAAAUUUUUGAAAACCAUUUUUCAAAACAAACAAAUUUGACCGAAAAUGAAUUUAAUGUCACUCAAGUCGCCCCCACGUCCCUCCUAUUCCCCUGGAAUGAGAAGCAGCAAUCGGCCAUUUUGGGUGGUUAUUUCUGGCUCCAUUGGGUCACUCAGAUCCCUGGUGGUAUCUUGGGUUCCAAAUAUGGGACGAAAAUAGUUUUCGGAUUGUCGAAUUUCAUUGCAGUCCUUGGGUGCUUUUUUGUACCYAUGGCCGCUUACAUGGGCCACCACUACCUCCUAGCACUUCGAAUGUUUCAAGGAAUGAUUGCUGGUUUUGCAUGGCCAGCGAUGCACAACAUGACUGCUAGAUGGAUACCUCCCAACGAGCGAAGCAAAUUUGUGACUGCUUAUUUAGGGAGUUCCAUGGGGGCGGCGUUAACCUACCCCGUGUGCGGCUUUAUCAUCCAUCGCUGGGGGUGGGAAUGGGUGUUUUACACGUCGGGGCUGGCUGGUACAGUUUGGUUUAUCGCUUGGUGGUUUUUGGUCUAUGAUAGCCCAGCCAAACACCCCCGAAUUUCCGAACAAGAGAAAGAAUACAUUUUGAACAGUUUGGGGCAAACUUACACAAAACAUAAAGCGCCUGUUCCCUGGAAGGAUUUAUUGCUCUCGGUCCCAGUUUGGAUGAAUGUUUUAGCUCAAUGGGGCGGUCUUUGGGGAUUUUUUACGCUGAUGACACACACACCCUCUUAUUUUAAGUUUAUUCAUGGCUGGAGCAUUCAAGCGACGGGCUUCCUAUCGGGCUUAGGUCACGUGUUGCGAACCACCUGGGCUUACAUCUCCGCCUUGUUAGGCGAUUACUUGCUCAGGACGAACAGGAUGAGCAGGACAAAUGUACGGAAGUUGGCAACGGCAGGAUGCACGAUAGGGCAAGGGGUUUGCAUGCUGGGAUUGGCGUUUUCUGGAUGCGAUUACACGUGGGCAGUGGUCUGGCUUAGUGCCGCCGUGGCCAUGAAUGGCUCGGUCUCGACAGGGCCCCUGGCCUCCAUCGUCGACAUCAGCCCCAAUUAUGCCAGUGUUGUACUCGGACUAGUCAACUCAGUCGCCGCUUUUGUUGGCUUCUUAACACCAGCAGUGGUCGGCCAAUUCACUUUCCAAAACCAAACCGUCAAGCAAUGGCAAAAAGUUUUUUUUGUUUCUACUGGAAUGUUAGUAAGUUCUGGAGUUUUAUAUCUGUUGUUUGCCACAUCUGAUCUUCAACCAUGGAAUUCUCCUGAUGUUAAGAAAACCAAAAAUGAAUCUGAAUUAAUUUCAAUAAAAAAUAAAGAAGAAAAAGAAGAAGAAAAGAAUGAACAAAGCGUUACCAUUAAACAGUAGAAAAAAAUUUUAAUGUUUUGCUUCUACAGUUGUAAAGUAAUAAAAUUUUAAUUGUUGUGUU